AUGGAAGGAUCGUCCGCGGACGACAAGACUCCGCGCGGUCGCAACGUGGCCCACGCGCGCGGGGGCAACAUGGGCGGAACGUUCCCCAUGCGCAGCCCGGGGAAGGCGGGGGCAGGCGGAGGGCAACAGCAGCACCAACACCGGGAUAAGAAAGGGCAUCAUCAUUACCACCAUUCUAAACAUGUGCGAUUCACUGCGCUGCAUUUUAAGAACCAGCUGCACACUUCAGAAGCUGCUGCCGUGGAUAACCAUCAGGUCACUCUUUCUCCUUCACUCGAUUCCCUACCCCUCCUUUCAAUCCCCCUCCUUUCCCCGUUCCCUCUCCGCUCUCCACCCAAACCACCUUCACCAGAACCUGGGCACGCUGCAGAAGCUGCUGCCGUGGAUAACCAUCGGGCUACUCGCCCUCAUCGCCUUUUCACUUGCAUUCCCUCUCCCCCGUUCUACACCCACCACCCAAACCACCUUCACCAGAACCUGGGCACGUUGCAGAAGCUGCUGCAGUGGAUUCCCAUCCGGUUACUUUCUCCUUUUUCACUCGAAUUCCUACCCCUUCUUUCAAUCCCCCCCCUUUCCCCGUUCCCCCUUCGCUCUCCACCCAAACCACCUUCACCAGAACCUGGGCACGCUGCAGAAGCUGCUGCCAUGGAUAACCAUCGGGUUACUCUCCCUCAUCGCCCUCGUCCUGCUGGGCUCUGCUCUUUUUCCAGGCUACAUCUUCAUGUCUACUUCUUCAUGUGUCCCGAGACCAUCAAGCGGUUACCAGAGCACCGUGUGAAGCUAGAGAGCGACCCCGUGCACCACGACUGGGUGUCCGCCGUCCUCCCCUUUGACUGCCUGCAAGCUCACCCAUUCUACAUCUUCAUGUGUCCAGAAACCAUCAAGCGGUUACCAGAGCACUGUGUGAAGCUCGAGAGCGACCCCGUGCAGCACGACUGGGUGUCCGCCGUCCUCCCCUUUGACUGCCUGCAAGCUCCCCAGUCCUCCCCCGUCAUCGCCCACCGAGUAGACGACGUCAAGUAUGACUUCUUCCUGUCUCUGCUGGACUUCCCAAUUUCUCCCCUUCCCUUUCCCCCCUUCUCUUCCUUCCCCCCUCCCUCCCCCUCCCCCCUUCCGCUCCCCCCUCUCCCGCACCCCCCCGCACCCCCCCACAGCUACAUCUUCAUGUGCCCAGAGACCAUCAAGCGGUUACCAGAGCACUGUGUGAAGCUCGAGAGCGACCCCGUGCAGCACGACUGGGUCUCCGCCGUCCUCCCCUUUGACUGCUUCCAAGCGCCCCAGUCCUCCCCUGUCAUCGCCCACCGGGUGGACGACGUCAAGUAUGACUUCUUUUUAUCGUUGCUGGACUUUGGAACGAGGAGACGGCCGAAUAGGAAUAUGGUUCGGCUGAUGGAGGACCGGCCGUUCCUGAAGCCGGAGCUCGCUGUGGCCAUGCAGUCGGUACUCGAAAUGCUUAUUGAGGCCAAGGCCGUUCGCCCCGACUCCCUAGUCAUUGACGCGGGGGCGGGCAUAGGGGGAGCAGCCUUUGCAGCAGCAGCUAUGGGUGUGCGCGUGUUGGCGCUCGACCCUGUGCUGGCGAACGUGCUCAAGAUGUGCGACGCGGUGCAUUUGAACCGUGUGUCGAAGCGCGUGAAACUUCACCUGGCUGCUGUCUCGGACAGCGUGAGCAACAUCACCAUUCACAAUAUCCUAUCCAAUCUUGAGCACAGUGCAGUGACAGCAGCAGUGCUUACCCUCGCAUCAAAAGAUGCCCCUGUCAUUCCCACCACAGUGGAAUCCCUCCCUAUAGACUCCCUCGUUUUACCAGACCAGCAUGUAGCUGUACUGAAGGUGACUGUACAGGGAUGGGAGCUGCAUGCAUUUAGGGGUGCUGCUGGGUUGCUCAGCCGCCCGCCAAAGGAGGCACCGUGUGUCCUUUAUGAAGAAGACAGGAUGUUGUUGCGGGCAGGGAACACGACGCCGGCUGCUGUGAGGGGGUUUCUGGCGGGGUAUGGCUAUAGUGAGUGUGACCAAGCACAUGGGCUUGUGCACUGUAGGAAAAAGGGUUCUUUGCUAGACGCAUAA